GAAUUGGGGAGGGGGGGGAAGGAUCUGAUCACAUCCGCCCGAUCGUCGGCAGCAAAAUAAUCCGAGAAAUUUAAAAAAGAGAGAGAGAGAAAAAAAACAACAAAAAAAUAGAAAAAGAAAAAAAAAAAACCUCAACUCGUGUCCGGAGCGCGCAGCCAGCGGCUAACUUGCACCUUUCUGUAAUGGUAAAAAGACAGCCGCGAUUGUGCUCAGUGAAAUUUAGAGAGACUACACCUUCACACUAUCCCGUCCUACACAAUCUGUCAGACAGAAACUGAGCAACUUCAGCGUUUUUUUCUGUAGGAUGUCGCGCCGCAAGCAAGCGAAACCAAGAUCCCUGAAAGUAGAAGACAAUGUGACAGAGGACCAGCACAGUCCCGGGCAGACUGCCAUUCCAAGCGAUCCAGAGUGCGCCCUCGAGAGGGCGGCGGAGGAUGGUGAGACCGGGCGUCUGAGGAAGAGGCUGCUCUCUCCGGAGGAAGGAGAGGAGGGAGAGGAGGAGGACGAGGAGCCCGCGCUGCACAGCUGCGACAGCUGCCGGCAGGUGUUCGAGUCGCUGAGCGAUCUCACCGAACACAAGAUUAAUCAAUGCCAGCUGACAGACGGUGCCGACCUUGAGGAUGACCCAUCGUGUUCGUGGCCUGCUUCAUCUCCGUCCAGUAAGGACCAGACGUCUCCUGGACACUGCGAGGACUAUGAUUUUGGCGAGGACGAAGGCGGCCCCGGCCUGCCCUACCCGUGCCAGUUCUGUGACAAGUCCUUCAGUCGCCUGAGCUUCCUCAAGCGACACGAGCAGAGUCACGGCGACAAACUGCCCUUCAGUUGCACCUUCUGCAGCCGGCUGUUCAAACACAAGCGCAGCCGAGAUCGACACGUGAAGCUCCACACCGGUGACAAGAAGUACCACUGUGGAGAGUGUGACUCUGCCUUCUCCCGCAGCGAUCACCUCAAAAUCCACAUGAAAACUCACGCCUCCAACAAACCCCACAAGUGCCCCGUGUGCCGCCGAGGCUUCCUCUCCUCCAGCUCGCUCCACGGCCACAUGCAAGUCCACGAGAGGGGCAAAGAUGGCAGCGGCUCCGGCCUCUCCAGAGCGGACGAGUGGAAGCUGAAGGAGACCCGCAAAUGCAGCCGCUGCGAGGAGGGCUUUGAUGUGCCGGAGGAGCUCCAGAGGCACAUCGCUGAGUGCCACCCCGAGUGCUCCCCCUCCGAGGACGGAGGCCUGGGCGCCACCCUGCAGUGCAUCUACUGCCACGAGCCCUUCAGCGACGAGGGCACCCUGCUGACUCACAUCGACCAGGCUCACAGCAGAGACAGGAAGGGCCACACCUGUGCAAUCUGCUCCGAGCAUUUCCUGUCUGUCGAGGACCUCUACGCUCACAUGGACAUCCACCAGCUCCCUGAAUCCAGUAAUCAUAGCAACAGUCCGUCUUUACUGACUGUGGGGUACACCUCAGUCUCAAGUACCACUCCAGACUCUAACCUCUCCGUUGACAGUUCCACGAUGGUGGACACGGCGCCUCCUGUGCCCAAGGCGAGGGGGAGGAGAAAGAGGGCUGCUCAGAACACGUCAGACAUUGGAGGUCGCUCAUCUAAACAACCGAAAGUCUCGUACAGCUGCAUUUAUUGCAAUAAGCAAGUAUUCUCCAGCUUGGCCGUCCUUCAGAUUCACUUAAGAACGAUGCACCUGGACAAGCCAGAACAGGCUCACACCUGCCAGUUUUGUUUGGAGGUUCUUCCCUCCUUGCUAAAUCUAAAUGAACAUCUCAAGCAAGUCCAUAAUGCUGAAGAUCACGCUGCUCUGUUAGCCAGCUUGCCAGAUGCCCUUCUUCAGUGUAACUUCUGCCCUGAGGUGUUGAGUGACCUGAACGCUCUCCAGGAACACAUUCGUUGCUCGCAUGGCUUCCCCAGUCCAGUAGCUAAAGAGAGCAAUGCCUUCUUCUGCCCCCAGUGCUUUAUGGGGUUCUUGACAGAAGCGACAUUGGAGGAGCAUGUUCGACAGACUCACUGUGACGGGGGAAGUCUGCGCUUUGACUCCCCCUUGGCUGUGACUCCCAAGGAGCCAAUAGUGGAGGUGUACUCGUGUUCCUACUGCACCAACUCCCCUAUUUUCAACAGCGUCUUGAAGCUCAACAAGCACAUCAAGGAGAACCACAAGAACAUUCCUCUGGCUCUCAACUACAUCAACAAUGGCAAGAAAUCUCUGCGCACACUCAGCCCCUCGUCACCAAUAUCUGUAGAGCAAACAGUUUUGAAACAAGGCAGCUCAGCCUCACGCACGAGUGAGUUCAUCUGUAACCAGUGUGGAGCCAAGUACACAAGCUUAGACCUUUUCCAGACUCACCUCAAAACUCACCUGGAUGGUCUACAGCCUCAGCUCACCUGUCCACAGUGCAACAAAGAGUUUCCCAACCAAGAAUCCCUGCUGAAGCAUGUGACAAUACACUUCACCAUUACCUCCACGUAUUACAUCUGUGAGAGCUGUGACAAGCAGUUCACCUCGGUGGAUGACCUGCAGAAGCACCUGCUCGAUAUGCACACGUUUGUGUUCUUUCGUUGCACUCUGUGCCAAGAGGUUUUUGACUCAAAGGUGUCCACCCAGCUGCACCUGGCUGUGAAACACAGCAAUGAAAAGAAGGUGUAUCGUUGUACCUCCUGCAACUGGGACUUCAGGCACGAGACCGACCUACAGCUCCAUGUAAAACACAGCCAUCUGGAAAACCAAGGCCGGGCCCACCGAUGCAUUUUCUGUGGGGAGUCUUUCGGCACAGAGGUGGAGCUACAAUGCCACAUCACAACCCACAGUAAGAAGUAUAACUGUCGAUUCUGCAGCAAGGCCUUUCAUGCCAUUGUUCUCUUGGAAAAGCAUUUAAGAGAGAAACACUGUGUAUUUGAGGGAAAGACUCAAAACUGUGGCGCUAACGGCUCGACAAUAGGCACUGGAGAUGGACAGCCUAAAGAAGACAUUGAGCUCCAAGGUCUCCUGACUAACAGCCACGGUGCAGGUGCAGCAGGUGGAUCUGUGGUGGAGUCUCAGAAUAGCCACGAUGGCAGCGAGGAGGAGGUGGACACUGCGGAACCCAUGUAUGGCUGCGACAUUUGUGGGGCAUCUUACACAAUGGAGUCACUCCUCACCAACCACCAGUUGAGGGAUCACAACAUCCGCCCAGGUGAAAGUGCCUUGAUGAAACGGAAAGCGGAGAUGAUCAAGGGUAACCACAAGUGCAAUGUCUGCUCCCGUACCUUCUUCUCCGAGGCAGGGCUGAGGGAACAUAUGCAGACCCACCUUGGGCCUGUCAAACACUACAUGUGUCCCAUCUGUGGGGAGCGCUUCCCCUCCUUGCUCACCCUGACUGAGCACAAGGUCACCCAUAGCAAGAGCCUGGAUACAGGCAGCUGCCGCAUUUGUAAGAUGCCUCUGCAGAGCGAAGAAGACUUUCUGGAGCAUUGCCAAAUGCACCCUGACCUGAGGAACUCCCUGACAGGCUUCCGCUGUGUCGUCUGCAUGCAGACAGUCACCUCCACUCUGGAGCUGAAGAUCCACGGUACGUUCCACAUGCAGAAGACAGGCACUGUGUCCGGCAACCAAGCCAUGGCUCGCAGCAAUGCCAUGUCUCAAAACCAGCAGCAACACCACACCCAAAAACUUUUUAAGUGUGCCUCUUGUCUGAAAGAUUUCCGGUCCAAACAAGACCUAGUGAAACUGGACAUCAAUGGCCUACCUUAUGGACUGUGCGCAUCCUGUGUGGCAGCUGCGGGCUCCAAGAGCUCCAGCCCAACCGUGAAUGGCGGUCGGCAGCUGCAGCAGCACGGGGGAGCAUCCACUCCGGCAGCGACCACGGCCUCAUGGGUCCAGGGCGAGAGUCUCAGUCCCGGAGAAGGAAAAGGCAAAGCCGUGUCUUCGUCCUCCUCGUCCUCUUCUACGUCCUCAUCAUCCGCGGCCAAGACACGAUGUUCAAGCUGCAACGUGAAGUUCGAGUCAGAAGCAGAGCUGCAAAACCAUGUGCAGACGGUGCAUCGGGAACAGGCCGGGGACAGCAACAGCGGGCAACUCAAGACCCCCCAGGUGUCCCCCAUGCCCAGGGCCAGUCCCUCACAAACCGAAGAGAAGACCUACCAGUGCAUCAAAUGUCAGAUGGUGUUCUACAGUGAAUGGGACAUCCAAGUUCACGUGGCCAACCACAUGCUGGGCUCACAAGUGUCUGGAUCACAUCACCAAAUAGAGGAAGGACUGAACCACGAAUGCAAGCUGUGCAGCCAGUCGUUCGACUCUCCGGCGAAGCUGCAGUGUCACCUGAUCGAGCACAGCUUCGAGGGCAUGGGCGGGACCUUCAAGUGUCCCGUCUGCUUCACAGUGUUCGUCCAGGCCAACAAGCUCCAGCAGCACAUCUUCUCUGCCCACGGACAGGAGGAUAAGAUCUACGACUGCUCGCAGUGCCCGCAGAAGUUCUUCUUCCAGACAGAGUUACAGAACCACACGUUGACUCAGCACAGCAGCUAACAUGGCUCCGGCUCAGCGCCGCGGCCCACAACAACCACCACGUGACCACCGCCAAUUACCGCCGGAGCAGCUUCCCACCGCCGGCCUCGCACUGAACCUCCAAUUCAGGCACACCGCAAGAAAAAAAGAGAGGCGAAGCCAACAAAAGAAGAAGAAAAAAAAAGUGUUGGGGUGCGGACCAAAAGGCAAAAAAAACAUCAAAGAAGCCUUUUGGUUCUUUUACUUGCCCAUUAUUUCCAAAAUCAAGAAAAAACUUCUUUGUACAUAGACUUUAUUCAUGUGUUGCUUAACUACAGCUAUAUUGCAAUCUUAUACAGUAUUUGCCAAUGUACAGUUGAAAAAAAAAAAAAAAUGUCCAUCCCCAAAAAAUGACAAGGGAUGAAAAAGAUGAAUUCCAGAGUCUGUGGGAGCAAACAAGACUUAACCAGUGUGUGAAGGAGAAACAGGGUUCCAGUGAGAACGUGGCGAGCUGGAGGAGCUGGAGGACUCUUCAUCAGGGCCGCUCCAGCUGUGCAGAACGUCGGGCGGACCACGCAGAACAUCGCUCCGACUGCGCACGGCGUCAAUCAGACGUGUGCAAGACGUCUCCCGGACCGCGCAGAGUGUCAGUCGGACUGCGCGGAACGCCUGUCGGAGCGCGCAGAACUUCUGUUGAACCGUGCAGAACGUCACCCUGGAGUUUGACACGGUCAGUCAUUACCUGGGGGGGAAGAGGGGGAUACAAAAAAAAAAAAAAAAACUCUAUUCACCAG